CCUGGAGCCAGGAGGGAAGAAAGAGGCUACCAGGGUCUCUUCCUUGGCACUGGUAACCAUGGGACGCUGGAAGUACAUUCUGGGCUUCCUCUUCGCCGGGUCAGUGCUGCUGACUGCAGGGAUCCUGUUGGGGCACUUCGCCAUCCCCAAAGAGAGUCCCCCCAUCUGCAAUGUGUCAUCUCUCCCCGACUGGAUCAACAUCACCACUCAGGAUCUGGACCCAGCAAUCCUGGAGGAUUUCAUGAACCAGGUGGAAGCAACCAACAUCCGAGAGAACCUCAAGAAGCUGGCAGCCAAGCCCCAUAUGGCAACCACUAAGGGGGACCAAGAUCUAGUCAAACUCCUACUCGAACGCUGGAAUGACCCAAAAUCUGGCCUCGACAAGGCCACGGAGAUGCGGUACGACGUCUUUCUGUCCUUCCCAGACCCAGAGAAACCCAACAAGGUGGCCGUGGUGCUGGAAAACAACACUGAGGUGUUUGCGUCCAAGGAAAGUGAGGAAAAACUCACUCCAGAUCAAGAAGAUCCAAAUAUAGUAAAGCCCUACGCAGCUUAUGGACCCCCAGGGAUCGCCGAGGGGAAGCUGGUCUACGCCAACCAAGGAAAAACGAGUGAUUAUGAAUUCCUUCUUAGUCAAAGUAUCGACCUCAAGGGCACCAUUGCCAUCACUCGCUAUGGAGGAGCCGGCAGAGUUGCCAAGGCAAUCAACGGGGCAAAAUUUGGCGUAAUUGGUGUGGUGGUGUACACAGAUCCUGCAGACAUCAACGAUGGGAAAUCUUCACCCACAGAAACCUAUCCUCAUUCGUGGUACAUGCCCGGCUCCGGCGUAGAGAGAGGCUCUUUCAAAACCGGAUUCGGAGACCUUCUGACGCCCUAUUUUCCUGCCAAAAAUUUCACCUACCGGAUUCCCGAAGAUCAGAUCUCUGGGAUUUCCACAAUCCCCGUCCAACCCAUCGGCUUUGAGGAUGCCAAGGAGCUGAUCUGUAACCUUGAUGGACCGAAAGCAAAAGUGGCCUGGCAAGGCGCCCUGGGCUGUGAAUAUCACCUGGGACCUGGAUUCCGAAACAGUGGGAGUUUUUCUAACACCAGCAACGUCCGGGUGAGCGUUUACAACCGGAGAGAGAUUAAACCAUCUUCCAAUGUCCUGGGGGUGAUACGAGGAAGUGUGGAACCUGAUCGGUACGUCCUCUAUGGGAAUCACCGGGACAGUUGGGUCCACGGAGCCAUUGACCCCAGCAGUGGGACAGCUGUCAUGCUUGAAAUCACACGUAUUUUGGGGAAGAUGGUGAAGGAAGGGAAGUGGCGCCCACGAAGAACGCUCAUUUUUGGCAGCUGGGGUGCCGAAGAGUUCGGCCUCAUCGGUUCGACAGAGUACACUGAGGAAUUUUUCAGCAAAUUGCAAGAGAGAAGUGUGGCUUACAUCAAUGUAGAUAUUGCUGUCUUUGCUAAUGCCACCUUGAGGGUCCAAGGAACACCCCCAGCCCAAAAUGUCAUUUUUGCUGCUACUAAGCAGGUUAAGACCCCAGCCGAUGCUUCGGUAUCCGUGUAUGAAAACUGGAAGCGUCAUUUCAACAGAACUAGCUCGGCUUACGGAACAAUCCCCAGCUUGGGGCCUCUGGGGGCUGGAAGUGAUUUUGCACCUUUUAUCCACUACCUGGGCAUCACUGCGAUGGACUUCGCUUACACCUACGAUCGGAGCAAAACGUCGGCGCGCAUUUACCCAGCCUACCACACGGCCUUCGAUACCUUUGACUACGCAGACCGAUAUAUCGACCCUGGAUUCACCAGCCACCGGGCCGUGGCACAAACCGCCGGCAAUGUCUUGCUGCGCCUGGCGGGCGCCUUGAUCCUUCCCUUCAACGUGAGUGACUAUGCAGAGACCUUGCAAGACAUGUACAAGGCGGCCGAGGGAGCGUUCCAGGCGGACCUUCUCAACCACAGCAUCUCUCUUGACCCCCUCCGUGAUACGGUGCUUCGCUUCCAAACUGCAGCUGCCGGCCUCAACCAGCGCAUCGCAAGUUUGCAAAGGGAAGCCACUCCCAGCCCUCUUGCUCUGCGGACGGUGAAUGACCAGCUGAUGCUGUUAGAAAGGACAUUCCUGAACCCGAGAGCAUUUCCAGAGAAGCAUUAUUACAGCCACGUCAUCUGGGCCUCCAGCUCGUCGUCCGUGGCUACCUUCCCAGGCCUGGCCGACGCCGUGGCUGCGGCCAAAGACCAGGACAAGUGGGACGAUGUCCAUAAACAUCUGACGGUGGCUAUCCAAGCGGUGGAGAACGCUGCUUCCUUUCUCGAACCCGUGGCCGAAUGA